CCAGGAGCUGACUGGCAGCGGGAACCAUGGCGGAGGAAGAGCUUGACAGCGGGGCGUCUGCACGGGGACAAGGUGGUACAGUGGAUCUCUCUGGACAAGGGCUACAGAAACUGAGCCCCAAUUUACCUUUUGGGGCAGACAGUCACACACUUGUAUUGGAUAAGAAUCAGAUCAUUAAACUGGAACAUCUGGAAAAAUGCAAAAAUCUCACACAGCUAUCUGUAGCCAACAAUCGACUUGUGAGGAUGAUGGGUGUAGCAAAACUGACCAAUCUUCGUGUACUAAACCUGCCUCAUAACAGCAUUGGAUAUGUGGAAGGACUUAAGGAUCUGGCGCAUUUGGAAUGGAUUAAUCUUGCUGGAAACAACUUAAAGGUCAUUGAUCAAAUAAACAGCUGCAUUUGUCUUCAACAUCUGGAUUUAUCAGACAAUAAUAUCUCCUUAAUUGGUGAUCUUUCAAAGCUGAUAUCUUUAAAGACUCUUCUUUUGCAUGGCAACAACAUCUCCUCUCUACGCACAGCUUCCACUUGUCUUCCUCCGUAUCUCAAUAUACUUUCAUUGGCAGAAAAUGAAAUCAGAGAUUUAAAUGAAGUGUCAUUCCUUGCUGGCCUUGCUGAUUUAGAACAGUUGUCAAUAAUGAAUAAUCCAUGUGUAAUGGCCACUCCUUCAAUUCCUGGUUUUGACUACAGACCUUACAUUGUUAGUUGGUGCUUGAACCUCAAAGUAUUAGAUGGGUACAUGGUAUCUCAGAAAGAAAGCUUGAAAGCUGAGUGGCUUUAUAGCCAGGGCAAAGGAAGAUCAUAUAGACCUGGUCAGCAUGUCCCACUUGUGCAGUAUCUGGCAUCUGUGUGCCCUAUUACCUCCUCACCAGGCCUUCAAACCGAAGAAGACGCAAAGCUUGAAAAAAUAUUAAGUAAACAGAGAUUACACCAGAGGCAGUUACUUCAUCAGGUUCGUGGUAAUGGACAUUUGUCUUCAUCAACACCAAAUAAGAGGUCAGCAGCUUCUGCUGAAAAUCAAAGUCCAACACAAACCUUCCAAAAAUGGCCUGAAAAUGGGCCUGUUAUAAAGGUAGACACAUGGAUUGGGGCCAGCAGUCCUGAAGAUCACUCCUAUGCAAAGAGAAACAUUUGCCCAAGUUCUGCGCAGCCUGGAAAUCCACAUUACAACAGUCUUUAUUUGGAAGACAUUCAAACAGAUGAGGAUAAAUUGAACUGCAGCCUUCUGUCUUCAGAAUCUACGUUUAUGCCUGUUGCUCCUGGCCUGUCCCCAGUUUCUCCCACUUCAGAGAGAAUACCAGGCAUGACCUGUGAAAUAGAGGCUAACGAAACAGUCUUGGAAUUUAAUACAGCUGAAAAAGAAAAGGUAUCCCUUGCGAUGCAGGACAAGUGCGUACCUAAAAAAGUGGGAAACAAAAAGAGAGAAGAAAUUAUGUGUUCUGUUCUUCCACAAUUACCCACUGAAAACUUGACACUAAGUAAAACAAAUAGCGCAGAGUCUGACAACGCAGUGUUAGAGAGUGUUGAACAAUUCAAUUCUUCUUCAUUACCAAGCAAGGUAUUCUCUCUCGUAGAAUACAAUGCCGAUAGUUUAAAUACUAUAAACAAAGCCGCUGUAAAGGUUCAGUCAUGUUGGAGAGGCUACUAUACUAGGAAAAAUAACCCAAAAGUCAGGGAGGUACGCUAUGAAAUCCGGCUGAGCAGGAUGCAAGACUAUGUUGUGUUUUUGUCAGAAGAGAUCACCCGGCUGAAAAAAGAGAGAGAUGAAGAGCGAAUACAAAGACUGGUACAAGAAGAAGCUGUGAAAUAUGUUUGGGAACAGGUUCAAUCCAUUCAAAAGUGGCAAACUAUAGUUAAUAAACAACUCAAUAAUCCCUUCCCUGGUAUAAUAUCAGCUCAGUCUUUGACUGAUAUCCCUGUUUGUUCAUCUGAAAUACUGGAGCCAAUUUCAUCUGGUUUUGUUUCUAAUCCUGAAGACGGAAAAGCUUCAACAGACUUCCCAGACUCCGGGUUUCAUUCUGUCUUGAUAGACAACAAACUCAACAGUAGUGACGGGAGUGGAUCAUCUGAGUUGUCACUGGACACAGUGAGACACUAUAAUAAUCCAGUAUCAGACUGCAGUACAGAACAAGAAGCAGCCGCUGAAGAUGAAAACCAAAAUAGCAAGGACAGCUCCAACAGUGAACAAGACAGCAGCCUUUUGCAGCAGUACUUACAAUCCGUGGUGCAGCUUGAACAGGCUGAUGAGUACACAAGCUGCAGUGAAAGAUCUGAGGAGACGAGGCCUGAAUCUGCCAACUGCUUAGAAAUCUCUGACUUUACCUCUGGCAGUUUCACACACAUUUCAUAUGAUAAUUGUAAAGAGGAUAUCUGCAAAACGUCAGACAACUGUUUGCCCACUUCUAAUGAAGUGCACAACAUACACAAAACAUGUGAUUCUUGCUUUCACAUGCCACAAGUGGAUUUGGCUCUCUAACAGAGAUAAGCACAGACCACUGGCUCAGUUCCCAGAAAUCAAUAAGUAUUUGCCUUUUGGGUAUAAAACAACAAUAUAAUCUCUUUAUGCACUUUAUUUGUCACAAUGACACUCCAAACAAUAUUCUUCCAUCUCUAUUUCUGUGAAAUAGAGAUCUGAUAUACACACGAUGCCUUGCGUAGAUGCACAGGGAAGGAUACUGCAUAAUUACAGUACUGUGUAUUUACCCAUCAGCAAAACAAUGUUUCUCUUGUAAGGUGUAUCCAGUCCACGGGUUCAUCCAUUACUUGUGGGAUAUUCUCCUUCCCAGCAGGAAGUUGCAAGAGGACACCCACAGCAGAGCUGUCUAUAUAGCUCCUCCCCUAACUGCCACUCCCAGUCAUUCUCUUGCAACUCUCGACAAGAAAGGAAGUAUAAAAAGAUAUGUGGUGACUUAGUGUAGUUUUACCUUCAAUCAAGAGUUUGUUAUUUUUAAACGGUACCGGCAUUGUACUGUUUUACUCUCAGGCAGAAAUUAGAAGAAGAUUUCUGCCUGGAGGUUUGAUGAUCUUAGCGGUUUGUAACUAAGGUCCAUUUCUGUUCUCACACAUAACUGAUGAAUAUGGGAAAACUUCGGUUGGGGGAACGGCCUGCAGAUUACCUGCUUUGAGGUAUGUUCAGUAUUUUUAUUUCUAGAGAGAUGAAUAAGUUCUAGAAAAUGCUGACAGAGCCUUGUGUAUUUGAGGUAAGCCUGAUGCAGUGAUUUAACAGCGACUGGGAUCAUGCUUACAUAACAGGGUAAUACUCAUGUUAAUAUUCAUAUUGCUUAGUGACAAAAAGUUUACAUGAUUUCAUAAAAUAGGACGUUUUUUCUCUGAGGGAGAAGUCUUUAUUUGGGGCCUAGUUUCCACAUGGCUAGUCAGAUGCUCCUAGGAGUAUUUUCUUAAGGCCCCUCUGACAUCCAGUACAUGGUGGGAGGGGCCUAUUUUAGCGCUCUAACUGCGCAGUUUUAAUUCAGACUGAGACAUCCAGCUUCCCUAGAAGAGUCCUCUGGCAUCUGAGAACCAUUUCACAGGGGUUAUUUCUGCACAAAAUCGUAUUUAAGGGCAGGUAGGAGCCUCAGCAAAGUUGUGGCAUGGUGCUCAAUUGACUUUUAACGUUUUUCAAUCCGGUUUGGGGCCUAAGGGGUUAAUCAUCCAUUUGCAAGUGGGUGAAAUGUUGCUUUAGUCCCUUACUCACACUGUAAAAAUUUCAAAGAUUUUACUGUAUUUUUUCACUGUUUUGCAGUUUAAGUGCUAGCACAGUAACAUUUUUGUUUAAUUGCUGUUUCACCUUUAUUAAAGUGUUUUCCAAGCUUGCUUGUCUCAUUACUAGUCUGUUAAACAUGUCUGACAUAGAGGAAACUCCUUGUUCAAUAUGUUGGAAGCUAUUGUGGAACCCCCUCUUAGAAUGUGUACCAAAUGUACUGAAAUUUCUAUAAACUAUAAAGACCAUAUUAUGGCGCUUAAAGAUUUAUCUCCAGGGGAUUCUCUGACUGAAAAGAGGGAGAUUAUGCCAUCUAACUCUCCCCAUCUGUCAGAACCUAUAACUCCCGCUCAAGUGACGCCAAGUACAUCUAGCGCGUCUAAUUCUUUUACCUUACAGGACAUGGCGGCAGUUAUGAAUGCUACCCUCACAGAGGUAUUCUCCAAACUGCUGGGGCUAGAACUAAUACAGAGCUUUCUGAUGCUUUAUUGCCUGUGUCCGAUAUACCCUCACAAUACUCAGAAGCCGAGGCAGGUGAGCUUCUAUCUGUGGGUGACAUUUCAGACUCAGGGAAGGCGUUGCUUCAGUCUGAUUCUGAGAUGACAGCGUUUAAAUUUAAGCUUGAACACCUCCGCUUAUUGCUUAGGGAGGUUUUAGCGACUCUGGAUGACUGUGACCCCAUUGUGGUUCCAGAGAAAUUGUGUAAAAUGGACAAAUACUUUGCAGUGCCUGUUUACACUGAGGUUUUCGGAAAUUAUUACUAAGGAAUGGGAUAGACCAGGUGUGCCGUUCUCUCCCCCUCCUGCUUUCAAAAAGAUGUUUCCCAUAGAUGCCACCAUACGGGACUCGUGGCAGACGGUCCCUAAGGUGGAGGGAGCAGUCUCUACCCUAGCUAAGCGUACAACUAUCCCCGUCGAGGAAAGUUGUGCUUUCCUACAUCCUAUGGAUAAAAAAUUGGAGGGUCUCCUUAAGAAAAUUUUUAUACAUCAAGGUUUUAUUCUCCAGCCUCUUGCAUGCAUUGCCCCAGUUACUGCUGCAGCGGCCUUUUGGUUUGAGUCUCUUGAGGAGGCUCUACAGGUAGAGACCCCGUUAGACGAUAUUCUAGACAGGAUUAAAGCUCUUAAGUUAGCUAACUCCUUUAUUUCUGACGCCAUUUUUCAUUUAGCCAAGCUAUCGUCUAAGAAUUCAGGUUUUGCCAUUUUGGCGCGUAGGGCGCUAUGGCUUAAGUUCUGGUCAGCAGACGUUACUUCAAAGUCUAAGCUUCUUAACAUCCCCUUCAAGGGACAGACCCUAUUCGGGCCCAGUCUGAAGGAGAUCAUUUCUGAUAUUACUGGAGGUAAAGGUCACGCCCUUCCUCAGGAUAGGUCCAAUAAGUUAAGGACCAAACAGACUAAUUUUCGUUCCUUUCGAAACUUCAAGAGUGGCGCAGCUUCAGUUUCCUCUAAUGCAAAACAAGAGGGAAAUUUCGCCCAGCCCAAACCAGUCUGGAGACCUAACCAGGCUUGGAACAAGGGGAAGCAGGCCAAGAAACCUGCGGCUGCCUCUAAGACAGCAUGAAGGAGUAGCCCCAGAUCUGGGACCGGAUCUAGUGGGGGGCACACUUUCUGUCUUCGCCCAGGCUUGGGCAAGAGACGUCCAAGAUCCCUGGGUAUUAGAGAUUGUUUCCCAGGGAUAUCUUCUGGACUUCAAAGCUUCAUCUCCAAAGGGGAGAUUUCAUCUCUCACAAUUAUCUGUAAACCAGAUAAAGAGAGAGGCAUUUUUACGUUGUGUUCAAGACCUACUGGUUAUGGGAGUGAUCCACCCAGUUCCAAGGGAGGAACAGGGGCAGGGCUUCUAUUCAAAUCUGUUUAUAGUUCCCAAAAAAGAGGGAACUUUCAGACCAAUCUUGGAUCUCAAGAUCCUAAACAAAUUUCUCAGGGUCCCAUCCUUCAAGAUGGAGACUAUCCGAACCAUCCUCCCUAUGAUCCAGGAGGGUCAAUAUAUGACUAAUGUGGACUUAAAGGAUGCUUAUCUCCACAUUCCAAUCCACAGAGAUCAUCAUUAGUUCCUCAGGUUUGCCUUCUUAGACAGGCAUCACCAGUUUGUGGCUCUUCCCUUCGGGUUAGCCACGGCACCAAGAAUCUUUACGAAGGUUCUAGGGUCCCUACUGGCAGUUCUAAGGCCACGGGGCAUAGCGGUGGCUCCUUACCUAGACGACAUUCUGAUACAGGCGUCGACUUUUCAAAUCGCCAAGUUCCAUACGGACAUUGUUCUGGCCUUUCUGAGGUCUCACGGGUGGAAGGUGAACGAAGAAAAGAGUUCUCUCUCCACUCUCACAAGAGUUUCCUUUCUAGGAACACUGAUAGAUUCAGUAGAAAUGAAUUUUUUUCUGACAGAGGUCAGGUUAUCAAAGAUAACCUGACCUCUGGCCAGAGUGGACUAUAGUGACGACAGAUGCCAGCCUUCUGGGCUGGGGCGCAGUCUGGAACUCCCUGAAGGCUCAGGGUUCGUGGACUCAGGAGGAAGCCCUCCUUCCGAUAAACAUUCUGGAACUAAGAGCCAUAUUCAAUGCUCUUCAGUCUUGGCCUCAACUAGAUGCGGUCAGGUUCAUCAGAUUUCAGUCGGACAAUAUCACGACUGUAGCCUAUAUCAACCAUCAGGGGGGAACAAGAAGCCCCCUGGCAAUGUUGGAGGUUUCAAAGAUAAUUCUAUGGGCAGAGGUUCACUCUUGCCAUCUCUCAGCUAUCCAUAUCCCAGGAGUAGAGAACUGGGAGGCGGAUUUUCUAAGUCGGCAGACUUUUCAUUCAGGGGAGUGGGAGCUCCAUCCGGAGGUAUUUGCCCAGCUGAUUCAACUAUGGGGCAAACCAGAACUGGAUCUGAUGGCGUCUCGUCAGAACGCCAAGCUUCCUUGUUACGGGUCCAGGUCAAGGGAUCCCCAGGCAGCGCUGAUAGAUGCUCUAGCAGUGCCCUGGUCCUUCAGCCUGGCUUAUGUGUUCCCACCAUUUCCUCUCCUACCUCGUCUGAUUGCCAAGAUCAAGCAGGAGAGAGCUUCAGUGAUUUUGAUAGCACCUGCGUGGCCACGCAGGACUUGGUAUGCAGAUCUGGUGGACAUGUCAUCCUUUCCACCAUGGACUCUGCCGCUGAGGCAGGACCUUCUACUCCAAGGUCCAUUCAAACAUCCAAAUCUAAUUUCUCUGUGGCUGACUGCUUGGAGAUUGAACGCUUGAUUUUAUCAAAACGUGGUUUCUCCGAGUCGGUCAUUGAUACCUUAAUUCAGGCUCGAAAGCCUGUCACCAGGAAAAUCUAUCAUAAGAUAUGGUGUAAAUAUCUUCAUUGGUGUGAAUCCAAGGGUUACUCAUGGAGUAAAGUCAGGAUUCCUAGGAUAUUAUCCUUUCUCCAAGAAGGAUUGGAGAGGGGAUUGUCGGCUAGUUCCUUAAAGGGACAGAUUUCUGCUCUGUCUAUUCUUCUGCACAAGCGUCUGGCAGAUGUUCAGGCGUUUUGUCAGGCUUUAGUUAGAAUCAAGCCUGUGUUUAAACCUGUUGCUCCGCCAUGGAGUUUAAAUUUAGUUCUUAAAGUUCUUCAAGGGGUUCCGUUUGAACCUCUGCAUUCCAUAGAUAUAAAGCUUUUAUCUUGAAAAGUUCUGUUUUUGGUAGCUAUCUCUUCGGCUCCAAGAGUUUCAGAGUUAUCUGCCUUACAGUUUGAUUCCCCUUAUCUGAUCUUCCAUGCAGAUAAGGUAGUUGUGUGUACCAAACCUGGGUUUCUUUCUAAGGUGGUAUCUAAUAAGAAUAUCAAUCAGGAGAUUGAUGUUCCGUCACUGUGUCCUAAUCCUCCUUCAAAGGAACGUCUAUUACACAAUCUUGACGUGGUUCGUGCUUUAAAGUUUUAUUUCCAAGCUACUAAGGAUUUUCGUCAAACAUCUGCAUUAUUUGUGGUCUACUCUGGACAGAGGAGAGGCCAAAAGGCUUCGGCAUCUUCUCUUUCUUUUUGGCUGAGAAGCAUAAUCCGUUUAGCUUAUGAGACUCCUGGCCAGCAGCCUCCUGAAAGAAUUACAGCUCAUUCCACUAGAGCGGUAGCUUCCACAUGGGCUUUUAAAAAUGAGGCCUCUGAACAGAUUUGUAAGGCAGCGACUUGGUCUUCGCUUCAUACUUUUUCUAAAUUCUACAAAUUUGAUACUUUUGCUUCCUCGGAGGCUAUUUUUGGGAGAAAGGUCUUGCAGGCAGUGGUGCCUUCCGUUUAAGUUCCUGCCUUGUCCCUCCCUUCAUCCGUGUCCUAAAGCUUUGGUAUUGGUAUCCCACAAGUAUGGAUGAACCCAUGGACUGGAUACACCUUACAAGAGAAAACAAAAUUUAUGCUUACCUGAUAAAUUUCAUUCUCUUGUGGUGUAUCCAGUCCACGGCCCGCCCUGUCACUUUAAGGCAGGUGUUUUUUAUUUUUAAACUACAGUCACCACUGCACCCUAUAGUUUCUCCUUUUUUUCUUGCUUGUCUUCGGUUGAAUGACUGGGAGUGGCAGUUAGGGGAGGAGCUAUAAAGACAGCUCUGCUGUGGGUGUCCUCUUGCCACUUCCUGUUGGGAAGGAGAAUAUCCCACAAGUAAUGGAUGAACCCGUGGACUGGAUACACCACAAGAGAGAGAAAUUUUUCAGGUAAGCAUAAAUUUUGGGUUUUUUUUAUAAUUAGCAGGAAAUGUGUAAUUAUACCUCCAAAGAUCAAAUUAUUCUGUCCUAAUCUGAGGUCAGUUUUUAUUUAGAUGACCAAUAAAAUAGGAGAAAGCUAGGUCUGUUAAGAUGAUAUGGCCCCUUAGAUGUAUUCUACACAUUCCUUAAUAAAGAAUUCUAUUUAAAAUUAUUUUUGUUAUUUAUGAAAACUAUUUAAAGUCUGAGCCAUGAAAGUUCAAGUUUCAGUUUUUGGGUGAAAUGUCCUUAGAUUUUGGCUUUUUUGAAUAUAUUUAGAGCUAUGUUUGCUCAAGUUUAUUUAGUCAGAAAACAAAAUAUUAACAUUGCUCACAAAAAUAAUUUUAACUAAUUCAUGAAAACUGAAAAAUUUCCUGUUAUUUUAUGUCAUACACAGAACAUUCCUGUGCAUUUUGACAAUAACUGCACCAUAAUUUUUAUGAUCAAAAUAUAUUAUAGGCACUGACUAAUAUAUAUUAUAGGCACUGACCAAUAUACCAAAAUACUGUGUGAUUUUCCAUGUAACCAAUAUUAAAAACAUGAAAAGAAA